GGGUCGGAGCGGAUCCGGGCUUGUCCCACGGGUUCUAAUGGGGAGCUGGGAACCUCGGCCCGGUUCGCUCCCGGUCGGACCGGCACAGCCCGACGUGGGGCAGAGCGGUGCGGGGUGCGUGUCCCCGGUAUCUGACCCCCACCCGGGGGUCGUGUCCGCGCUCUGAUGUUGUCCCGGUGUCGCUUCUCUUCCUCCCCUCCGCUCUGGGUUCAUCCCUGCUCCUCUAUGGGGUGGCCGUGGGGUCCUCCAGGUGCCGGCCCCACACCUUCCCAUGGUCGGAGGGCGCUGUGUUGUGCCCCGGGACGUGCUGUCCUUGUGGGGGGGGAAGUUCAACCCCCCCAUCCUACAGGGCCGGGGUUGGGGUUCCCAAAACCACCCGGUUCCCAAAUCGGAGCCUCCCCCGCUUCCCUCCCCCGUGACUUUUGCCGUCCCUCCCCCCCGGUGCCAUCAUCACCCCCUUUGUGGGAGGCACCGGGAUCCCUCGGAACUGAAGGGAAACAGGGAAACUGAGGCACGGCCGCCGGCAUCGCCCCGGGACGGCGCUUCCUGCUCCUCCUCCGGGCAGCGGGUUCAAAGCGGCCCCAUCCCAUGGGAUGGACAAAGCGAGGAGCCCUCGGCGCCCCCUCCCCGCAGGUGACGCUUCCCACCAUGUCCCUUUGGAGCAUCGUAUCCCAGAUGGCGCCGGAGGAAUUCGGAGGAAUCUUCGUGGAGUUCCCCCGAAAUUUGCGCUGCGUCCUGGGCGAGUGGCUGGAGAACCAGCCCUGGGAAUUUAUCCACGGCUCCGACACCUUCUGCUCCAGCGUGGCUCAGGGGCUGCUCGCUGCGAUGCUGGAGAAGCUAAGCGCCGGAGGGGACGGGCAGCAGCGCCACAUCCUGCAGCAGAUCAGCAGCAUUGAGGGCACAUACCGACACGACCCCAUGCGCUUGGUGGCCGUCCUGAGGUCCAUCCUGGAAGGAGAAAAGGCCGCUGUGCUAAGGAGGGACCGUCACCUGCCCCUCAGCUUCCACCGGCGCCAGGAGGAGCUUAAAUUCAACCUGGGGCUGCGGCGGCUGCAGCACCGAGUGCGGGAGGUGCAGGCAAUGAGGGAGUGCAGGGCAGCACCGGGGGACGGCAAUGCAGCCUCGAACACGCGGGACCCACAGCUGAAAUCAGAAGGGAAAGCAGCAGAGAGAGAGCUGCCCACGCUCCUCAUGGAGGCCACCAAAGAGCUGGAAGCUGCCAGGCAGCAGGUGUUAAAGCGCAUCCAGAUCUGGAAGAGGCAGCAGCAGCUGGCAGGGAAUGGAGCUUUGUUCGAGGAGAACCUGGCACCGCUGCAAAAACGCUGUGAAGGUUUGGUGGAGGUUCAUUUCCAGCUGCACCAACAAGUGAUGGCGGCGGGCGCGGAGCUGGGGGCAGAACUGCUGUCCCAACUGCUGGAGAGACUCAAUGAGGUUCUAUCCAGCCUGGUCCGGAGCUCGUUCCUGGUGGAGAAGCAGCCCCCACAAGUGCUGAAGACACAGACCAAGUUCCAGGCGAGCGUUCGCUUCCUGCUGGGCCCGCAGCUGCUGCAGGCGUCCCCCAAACCCUGCAUGGUGCGGGCAGACAUGGUGACCGAGAAGCAGGCACGGGAGCUGGCACACAGCUCGUACAGCAGCACAUUGAGUGAAAGCACCGGGGAGAUCGUGCACAACGUGGUGGCUUUGGAGACCAACCCGGGCAGCGGAACCUGCAGCGCCAACUUCAAGAACGUGGUGAGGGAUGCCUUGAAGAAGAUAAAGCGCUGCGAGAGGAAGGGCUCCGAGUCGGUAACAGAAGAGAAAUGUGCUGUGCUGUUCAGCUGCACCGUGGGGCUGAACCCUGCAGGGACCACCAUGAGGCUGCAGGUCCUGUCCCUCCGCAUCGUGGUUCAUCGUCAUGGCAAUGAGGACAACAACGCCAAAGCCCACAGUGGCUAUUGGGAUAACGCCUUCUCUGAGAUCAGGGUCAUCCCUUCGUUGGUGGCCGAUGAACGUGUCCCCUGGGAGAAGAUGUGUUGUGAGACCUUGAAUCCUGAAGUUCAUGGUCAUGAGGUGCAGACCAGCAAAGGGCUCAUGAAGGAUCAUUACUUCUUCCUGGCACAAAAGAUCUUCAAUGAUGCACAGUGCCUGGUCGAGGAAAACUUCCAGAACCGCAGCGUCUCCUGGGCUCAGUUCAAUAAGGAGAUCUGCCUGGCGCGGGGUUUCACCUUCUGGCAGUGGUUCGAUGGAGUCCUGGACCCUCACCGAAGCCGCUGCUUAAAGAGCCUACUGGUCGGAUGGGUGACAAGCAAUACGUGUGCGCUGCUGAGCACGGAGCCCGACGGGACGUUCCUGCUUCGAUUCAGCGAUUCCGAGAUUGGGGGGGUCACAUCGCUCAACGUCAUCCGUGGGAAGGACGGUGAGCCGGACGGGCCUGCCCCACAACUGGAAGAACAUCCCAGCCCUUCUUCCGCUAAGGAUCUCUCCAUCCUCUUGGGGGAUCGGAUCCGCGACCCUCAAGGUCAACUACGGCACCUCUACCCCAACAUUCCCAAGGAUCAGCGUUUUGGGUGCCAACUAUAA